AUGGACGUUUUGUCAAACGGAACGGACAUUGUGAACGUGGAUCAUCAGUAUGGUCACAUCAGUUUGCCUGGAAUCAUUGUCAUGAGUGUGCUUUUGAGUGUCGGUGCAAUAUUUAACAUUUACACGGGAUAUGUCAUCACACAAACUCGAAUCAAUUCACUCCUGUCCAAACUUCUGUUGUACAACCAAACAGUUCUGGACGCUCUGUACUGUAUCAUGAUGACCGCUUUUAUCAGCAACCGUUUCUUUGAGGAUCAUUUUCCGGACGACCCGGGAUCAAAUACUUUCAUAUGCUAUCUGCUACAAAGUGGAUAUCUGGUUCGUGUGUUUCGCACAAUGAUUGUGUGCAAUAACGUGUGUCAAUCCGCGGAUAGAUUUUGGGCAAUCGUUUAUGCACAUAGCUAUCGAGCAAACACCAAACUCUACGUGAUAUUAUGUUCUGUCAGUGUUCCCGUCUAUUCGAUUCUCGUUUCAGCCGCUCAAAUGGGUGCGGUACAGUUUGUGGAUGAUGACUGCCAGCAUCGGUCAGUUCUGACCUACAUGCCUUCAUUAUAUGUGAUUGAGAUUGUCUUUCGGUACGCUUUACCCCUGUGUACCACUAUCACACUGACUCUGUUGGCCUUGCGAAAACUCGGUGGAUUGGGGUUUUGGAAAAUUGUGACCAAAUCGCCCGUGACACUGUCGGAAGACGUGUCAUUAGGGGAGGAGAGAAAACGUGCGGCUCAGAUAAACGAGUUGCUUAUUGUGCAGAAAACGGUAUUCUGCCAUACCGGAGUUUUACUCCUGGAAAUGACUGUCCUUGAGGGAAUAGCCACCACAUUAACCGUGUUGGGUGAAACCACUGUGGUGAAUUUCGAGAUUUAUUCGCCCGUUCGUCUGUACUAUCUGUUCCUUUCCUCGUUGGUCUCUGCUCUCAAUCCGUGUCUGACGAUUCUGACCUUCCGGAAUUUACGUAUGACAAUGUUUAGUCAAUUGCAAAGAAUCCGGUUUUGGAACGGACAUAUCGACUGUCGGUCCAGGGGAAAAGAUUCCUCUACCAGUUAG